UGUAUGUCCCUUUAUAUCCAUCUAUCUUAUGAGCUCAGGGCAAGGAGGUGACUUUCAUUCUCUCUCGUUCUCUUUCUUGGCUUCUCUAAGCUCCAAAAAUCCAUGGCUACUCAAGUGCGAUCUGCAGUUUCCGUCCUUCUAGUUCUUAAUCUCGUACUCUACUUCAUCAUCACUGUCAUUGCUUCGUGGGCGGUAAAUCACGCGUUGGAGAAGUCUUUCGAAUCAGCAUCGACGUUGGCACUGCCAGCCCACUUGUUUCCGAUGUACUUCCCCAUCGGAAACAUGGCGACGGGAUUCUUUAUUAUCUUCUCUUUGAUUGCUGGGAUUGUUGGAAUGGCAACAUCAGCCACAGGUAUCACCAAUGUCUCAAAAUGGAAUGCCUCAAACGUACACACAGCAUCUGCUUCCUCUCUUGCAACUUGGGCAGUCACUGUUCUUGCUAUGGGGUUUGCAUGGAAAGAAAUUGAACUUGGUUGGACAAAUGGAAACUUGAGGACUUUGGAGGUAAUGACAAUCAUCACAAGUGCAACUCAAUUGUUAUGCACAGGCGCUAUCCAAGUUGGGGUUGAAGAGAUGAUUGUUAGUAGCAACCGAAUUGGCGGAAGGGUUUGAACCAAACAUGCAUGAAUACAUGUACAAACCAAUAGCUUGGAACUUCAAACACCCUUUUGAUUUCUUUUUCUGUAAUUUUUUAAUUUUCUAAUUGUGUUCUUUCAUGUAUUGAUUCCGUGUGGAUUUGAUGUUGAGGUGAUGAUAUGUCACCUGUAUUUGUUUUC